AUGGCACAAACCAGUACAGAUGAGCUGACGGCCAUCCGGCUUGAAAAUGACAAGUUUUCCGUUUUCGACACGUUCACAGCUCCAGAGAAAGUGGCACAACUGGCCAUUGUUGGAAGCACUGUUCAUGUAGCUUAUUCGAAAUUCUCACAAAGUGAUCAGGAUUUAGAACUCUUCCAGAGCAUGCUAUCCACGGCUGUGGCUAUUUUGAUCGGGUUGGGAGUUUCUUAUCGAGCUCGAGUUUCAAACAACGGUCUUAAUGGAACUUUACCCGUACGUAAGGCAGACCUUCUGCCCAGCUUCAACGUCUUAUACCUGUUAUAUUUGCCGACGUUUCUCUCCUUACUGUUUGCACGGGAGUACACGAUCCUAAACCUGGCUAUGACGUUCAAUUGUGCGGACAUCGCCCCAUAUAUGCGUCUACCAGUUCAAGCGAUUAUGGUUUUAAUCAGUGGCUUUCCUGACAACGACAAUUCCACGGUGUUCAAAGCUUUGGCUCUCAACUGUGUUUUGGCAUUUUGUCUCGAGAAAGUGGGUCAACUGAAAAGCUUUGAUCGUGUUGAGAGCAACUUGUUCAGCAUCGGUCUGACAAACGUGCUCUUCCUCAUCGACUCUUCUCAAAUUCACUUCCAGGUCCUACAAAACGUGCUUAGAGGCUUUUUAGUUGCCGUGGCCGUCAAUUACUUACUUUUGAAGUUGGUAUCGAGAUGCAAUCCGUAUCUGAGGUCUUUUGUCCUUUUUACUUCAUUUGCUUGUGUUUUCCCACUGACGGUAAUCCACAUUUUCCAAAUAAACGGGGAAAAUCCAGCUGUUUGGCUUUACAGCUACAUUACAUCAUCGUCAACUCGAAUCAAAAUCACCUUAAGCUGGCUAUUUGGACUAUUGUUAUUGAUUCCCAACAUCAUGAUCUUCAAAUCUAGUUUCUCCCUUAACUCUUCCCGCAAAAUCUGGCAUUUUAUCGUCCUGAUUCUCAUAGUCCCGCCUCUCAAAGCAGAUCCCGAAUUCGUGAAAAUAGCUCUCGCUGGUACUAUAGUCUCUUUCUUGGCAGUGGAGUAUUUGAGGUAUCUGAAACUAGCACCUUUGGGGGAUUACUUCGAUUCGAAGCUAAGAUCAUUUGCCGAUUUUCGCGAUGAACGUGGACCUAUCAUCAUAUCAUAUAUUUAUUUGGUUAUAGGCGUCGCAACGCCUCUUCUUAUCAACGGAUCGUUGGUAGGUGUUAUCAGCCUGGGUUUGGGAGAUUCUUUGGCUUCUAUAGUGGGCAACAGGUGGGGCCGGCACAAAUGGCCAGGCACCAACAAGACUUACGAAGGUACAGCGGCUUUUGUUGCCGCCACCGCUGUAUGCGGUUUGUCGUUCAAGCGCUUUUUGGGAGAGUUUACCGACGUUUCUUACAUCAAGCUUUUGUCAAUAUGUUUGUUCUCUGGACUUUUAGAAGGCAACAGUGUACUCAACGACAACAUACUAAUUCCAGCAUUCAUGCUGAUAGUUCGUGAAGUCUUUAAAUAG